AUGCCACGCAGAAAAGCCGCCGACCGUGCGGGCCAGGUGAAAACCCGGUCGCGCAGCGGCUGUCGAGAAUGCCGAGCGAGUCGUGUCAGAUGCGAUGCCCAAAGGCCCAUCUGCACGCGCUGUCGGGAGAAAGGCCUACCAUGUUCGACCAACCUUGUCCUGAAAUGGGAAUCCGAGUUUGUCAGCCGUGGGAUGGCCUUUGGUCGCACUGGAGUAUGGAGUAAGAAUCGAAGCGACUCGUCGCCGAGCUCGACCGCUACCUCCGCCGGUUCCUCCCCUGGCUCAUCGGUGGACGAUACGCGGCAAUGGUGUUCCUUGCCUGGCGUGGAGUCGUGGGCCUUUAUCAACACUGGAAUGGCUUCAUUUGAAGAUCGACGCCGAUUUGACGUCAAUCUGAAUCGGCAGCGUGCCAUUGACCCUCGCAUCAAAAGCCGUGCGAAGGUAAUGCCCGUUGGUGCGUGGAAUCUUGGCCCUAGCAGCGCACCCUCAGCUUUCCCGGGACGGUUGGGCCUCGAAAAUCCAGAGCUCUUUGAUUACUUUUUUCGUCAACUGUGCCCCCGUGCGACAGCUAGCCCCUCCUCGUCCUCGCCCUUCGCCUCGGUGGUUUUGCCUUUCAGCACGUCAGCAACACCCACCUUGUUCAAGGCCAUUGAGGCACUCUCUGCCUGUCAUUGGGCCCAGCGCGAUCCCAAAUACAGCACGGUUGGACUUCGCCUGAAAACGGAAACUCUGCGUGAUCUGCGGCGGCGUCUGGCUUCCCAGGAGCUUGUCAAGAGCUACACCGACCCAGAAAUUUUGUUGAUCAUGAUGAUGCUUUGUCUGUAUGAAAUCAUGGACAAAUGUGACGAGCGGUGGACCGUCCAUCUGAAAGGUGCCAAGGAUCUGAUUCGCUUGCGUAGGGAGCGAGUGGGUACGCCUUCUGACCCCGUGACUCGUCUCGCAGAGCGCUUCUUUGCGUUCCAGGAUGUUAUGGGCCGCACUGCCUGUGGCGAAGCGAUCGUGUUUGGGAAUGACUAUUGGAGCUCCCGGGACCAGAAGAUUGAUCUCUGGAUGGGCUGUAGCACUGAACUAGCCGGCAUUCUCUCCAUGAUCACAGAAAUGAGUCGGGCAAGGCGACUGUCUGGGUCCAUUCAGACGACGCCGCUCUUUUUGAGCCGUGCAGCAUCGCUUCAGCGUCAACUGGAGCAUCUUGUGCAGGAGGUUGAGGGCGGAGAUGAUAAUAUACUGAGCUGUGUAGCCGAAGCGAAGCGACUUGCUGCGUUGCUGUAUUUACACUGUGCUCUGCAUGGAGCAGCCCCGUCAACCGCCGUUGUGGUUGACUAUGUCCACCAGAUCCUCUGCCUGGUCUCGAGUCUACUCGACUUCGGGUCCAUGGCGAAUGUGAUGUGGCCAAUAUUUGUGGCGGGCGUAGAACUCGAUCCUUCCCGGGAUGAGCUCUAUCUGGAAUCCGACGGUCCGGGCGUGUCUGGGCGCUCUGUUAUUCUGCGGGCGUUGGAUGCGAUGGCCGAUUCAAGCAUAUCGAAUGUGUCCCGAACCCGGGGUGUCAUCAUUGAAGUUUGGCAGGCUCGUGAUCAGGAUCUUCUAAAACCUCCCAAGUCUGAAGUGAACGAUUGGGACAGAUAUGUGGCUCCAGUUAGUUCGUCUAUGAGUCUAGCUUAG